CCACAGCAUUCACAGACCCUGCUGCUGCUGUCUGGCACUUUCGUUUCUUCGUACGCCAUGGCGGUCGGACUUCCUGCUGUAGCUGUAUUAUUACUCGGUUCAAGUCUGUCCACUUGUGUACUUGCACUGAGUAAUGAGUGUAAGUCCUACAGGGAUUCUUACGGCGUGYACCAUUUUUCUAAGACAUGCUUCUUCAAUUUUUGCUGUGGAACCUGUAACGAUAGGGAUUGUUGUAGUGAUCCUCGUCGACGGCUGACAGAAGAUGCUCAAGAUGACUGUGACGAAAGAUGGGUUUAUGAAUCAAGUCCUGCGCCUAUGAUCGUUGGUAUUGUGGGCUCCAUURUCGCUCUCCUCAUCUUCAUCUGCUGUUGUGUCUGUCCAUGCUGCUGCCUGUACAAGAUGUGCCGUAAACCACAGCCUGUGGUAACAACCACCACCCACACCACAGUGGUUACCACCAAUCCUCAGCAAUACCCCCGGCAGCCAACUGCAGCGUCUGGUCCUCCUCCUCAGCCCUACCAGGGGGUUCAGUAUCCACCUUAUCAGCCUAUACCAGUGCAGCCGGGCUAUGGAACUCAAGGCACGCCAGCGGCACCUUACCAGGGACAGCCAUUUGCUCCGGGACCACCACCAACGUAUCAGGAAGCCACUGGUCCUGCCUACCCACCCCAGCCAAUGCCUUACAGCCAGGCGGCUUACGGACCCGGACAGCCACCGUACCCUAUGCACCCACCUACCCAGCCUCAGCCUCAGCCUCAGCCAAAUGUUCCACCCACUCAGAUGGACUACUUGUCCCAGCCAGCAUACAACCCGGAUUUUGUUGCUCCACCCAAGAUUCAAUAAGAAACCUCAGUGCCACAUUUUCAACCACAAACAUGCCGCUACGUUUUAAAACGUAGCUGGGCUGGGAAAAAUGUCUUUUAUUACAGAUGAGCAAUUCCACAUCUUGCUUCAUUCASUCUGUUGGGAGCUCCCUUGCGUAGUCAUUCUAGUGGAAACGUUUACACCUUUUGGCUCUAUGUUGCAUGUUCUUGCUGUAUAGGUAAACGUGGUGAGAUUGUCUGUUGCCAUUUUUUUUCUUUUUUGUUUUAUUUGUUUUUGUCAACUUGGCGAGUGAAACAUGAAACCACUGUAAGUUUUUAGUGUUUUAAAGCAUAUUUGAACUUUUCUGAAAAUGCCUCAAACCUUCCUGUUUGCCUUUCAUUUUUCUGWUUUGGUGACAUAACUUAAGAGAUGUUUUCACAUCCAUGCCAGUCAUCUCAUAAGUAUUUGCCGCUCUAUUGCAAAAGUGCUUUCAACGUUUAUUUCUUCCUGUAAGCACAUUUCUUUUUUUGUAGUGUUGUAAAGUGUGUGCUGUAUCCUGUAGUACAUUUUCAGUACUUGUUGUUUUGUGAACAAACCAAGUCUAAUAUUCAUGACUGAUGCUSACAUCAGCAGAGGGAAUGAGCAGUUUCAUAUUAAAAACUCCAGUAAAAGGGACAAAGUCAACUCAGCAGAUCUUUGCACAUAAAGAAUAUUUAGUUUUGUGCUCAUCUACAUAGUUCAUUUAAAACAAAGUAGUUUUAUUUUUCCAGAUCUCAUCGCACGUAAAUCAUCCAAAAUGCAUCGACAGUUUUACCUGGGAAGAUUUCUUCCCUUAUCAGUCUACCAAACAUUUUGUCAAACUCAAAAAGGAGAAGCGUUACGCUUAUGGCAAAAAAUAAUUUGUGCCUUCAAAGCAAGGUUCUAAUUUUUGAGCACUUUAAAAUAUUUUUGUUCUACUUAUUUCUAAAUGUUGAAACUCCUGCUGGGUCAUGUCAGUUUUGUUAUCUGGGCUUGUGUUCAAACUAUUUCCAAAGGACUGUUUUGUGGUUCCCUCUGUUAGAGCAGUUUUAAUUGUGUGAUUUAUUUACAAAUGUUUUAACUAACAGGCCACCGUUUUUUUUUUCUUUGCUCACAAAAAAUAACCCUGAAAUUGGAUUUUAAAAGUGACUUUUUCUUGUGAUUCAGGUGAUCAGACAUUGAUUGUGUUUCUUUGUUGAGCUCAGUUUUUGCUUUUUUUUAAAAAUAUUUACUCAUUGACCUUUUUUUUGUCUCAAGCCUUAAUGGUCAUGCAGCCUUCUAAUGUCAGUUUUGAUUUGUAUCAAGAUGUUCAUUUGUCUUUUUUUUAAUACGAGUGAGGAUGUUUGUUUUUUUCAUCAUCUACAAUUCAUUUGCUGAUCUGAAAAUCAUAGGGUCAACAGGUUUAACAGAAGUUUAUAAAGUACAUGUUUUUGUUUUAUUUUUGUAAAUUUUACGUUCUUGUUGUUGAAUGGGACUGGGAUAUGGACAUUCUCAGCAGCUCUGAGCUAAAGUGAACAACAAAGUAACAGUGAAUACAUUAAAAAGACCACCUAAACGUUCAAAAA